GAGCGGGAGCGCUGAGGUGUUGGCCCGCGGUGCAGCGGCCCGGAGCCGGGGGCGGGGGCGUUAGUCAUGUUUUCCUUCGUGCCCUGUAGCCCCCGAGGAGACGAGGCGGCUGGAACCGGGGCUGAGGAGCCGGCGCCUCAGGGGGAGCUGGCGUCAGCCGCCCGGUCACCCCAACUCCCACCCGCGCCCGCACAUCCCGGGGCUGACGCAGCCCCUCCCCCGCCUCCCGCCCGGAAUUCUCGCCGUCCUGGAGCCCCUUCGCCGCCCCCAGCCGCACGCACUGGAGAGCUCGGGCCUUCUGGAGCUCCGGAGCCCUCGACCGCCGCCACCCAGGGGGAGCCGUCGCCGUCUUCUCCUCGUCGCCGGCGGCUGGGGCCAGACUGCAGGGCCGGGAGCCGGGGCCGUUACGGCCUCAGUGCGGGCCUGGGCGGCCCUGGCACCCGGCUGUUCGGAUGGCUGAGAGAGCGCAGCCUGGGCCGCGGGCUGUUCGUGGACCCGGCGAGGGACAAUUUCCGCACCAUGACUAACCUCUAUGGUUCCAUCCACCCCGCGGACUCCGUGUACCUCAGUACCCGCACCCACGGUGCAGUCUUCAACCUCGAGUACUCGCCCGACGGGUCAGUGCUGACAGUUGCUUGUGAACAGACUGAAGUUCUGCUUUUUGAUCCUAUAUCUUCAAAGCACAUAAAAACACUUUCUGAAGCUCACGAAGACUGUGUAAAUAAUAUCAGAUUUCUUGAUAAUCGGCUGUUUGCUACGUGCUCUGAUGACACUACAAUAGCUCUGUGGGAUCUGAGAAAAUUGAACACUAAAGUAUGCACUUUACAUGGUCACACUAGCUGGGUGAAGAACAUCGAAUAUGAUACUAAUACAAGACUCUUAGUAACAUCAGGAUUUGAUGGAAAUGUCAUUAUUUGGGACACUAACAGGUGUACAGAAGAUGGAUGUCCACAUAAGAAAUUCUUUCACACACGUUUUCUCAUGCGAAUGAGAUUAACACCAGAUUGUUCCAAAAUGUUGAUCUCAACUUCCUCUGGAUAUCUCUUAAUUUUGCAUGAUCUUGACUUAACCAAAUCAUUAGAAGUAGGCAGCUAUCCUAUUUUGAGAGCACGAAGAACUACAUCAAAUUCAGAUCUGACUACUUCAUCAAGUUCAUCUGGUCCUAGAGUUUCUGGUUCACCUUGUCAUCAUAGUGAUUCCAGUUUAUCUACUGAGAAACAUAUGCCACGAGCCUCUCAAAGAGAAGGAGUUUCACCACGAAAUAGUCUUGAAGUCUUAACCCCUGAAGUUCCUGGUGAGAGAGACCGUGGAAACUGCAUCACAUCCUUACAGCUGCACCCAAAAGGCUGGGCCACUCUUCUUCGGUGCUCAAGCAACACUGAUGAUCAGGAGUGGACUUGUGUCUAUGAAUUCCAAGAAGGAGCUCCUGUGCGACCUGUCUCACCUCGUUGUUCUCUGCGACUGACUCAUUACAUUGAAGAAGCCAAUGUAGGCAGGGGUUAUAUCAAAGAACUUUGUUUCAGCCCUGACGGACGAAUGAUUUCUUCUCCACAUGGCUAUGGGAUCCGCUUGUUGGGAUUUGACAAACAGUGUAGUGAACUGGUUGACUGUUUGCCCAAAGAAGCCAGUCCCCUGCGGGUGAUCCGUUCUCUGUACUCUCAUAAUGAUGUGGUACUGACAACAAAGUUCUCUCCAACACAUUGUCAGAUUGCCUCAGGGUGCCUUAGUGGACGUGUUUCUUUGUAUCAGCCAAAGUUUUAGGCACAAUUUACAUCAAAUAAGGAACUCCUCUUGUAUUUGACUUAUGAAUUACUUCAAUUUAGGUGAAGUAUUUUCUUUUUAGAAGAUUGUAUAAGUUUGGGUCAAGAUCCUGGUUCUUAUGGGUCCAUGAACACAUCUGUGACCUGAGUACUUGGUCGUCCAGCAUUAUACGGGCAGCUCCAAGUUAGACUCUAUGCAGCAUCAUCUUUUUCAGCAUUCCUCUGCUCCUGCUGAUCCUGUGCCACUGAACUCCAGUUCCUCCAGUCAUUUUGCAUGGUAGCUCUUAUCAAGUUUCUGUCUUUAUUCCUUUAUCUCCCUCUCUCUCUCUCUCUCUUUUUUUUCUUGUUGUGAAUUUUGUGGGUAAUUGGCAGGAGUUUGGAUUGGGGUAGGAGAAACCCAUUACACCAGUAUUGAAUAAAAACCAGAAGCCUGAUUUUGGCAUAUCUUCUGUUGGAACAGAAAUUUCAUCUUCACUUAUCAAUAUACUUGGCCUUUUAAAGUUGCUGUUAUAUUUCUAUAUAAUAAGCACAGAUAAUGGCAUUCUCAGACUGUUAGUCUUGCAACAAAAUGUCUUCUAAGUUUCCUGUUAAACUUACACAGAUUUUUGACAGUAAGAGGGGUUUUGUUUGUUGUGAAAUUCUAGAAAAAAUAUUGCCACCUCUCUUUAUAAUUUGCUUUCCUUUUAUGGACUUAAAAUCACUAGUGUGUGUUCUUACUUGGUGUUUUGUUCCCAUCAACAGAAUGAGAAAGGAAAGGGGGGUAAGAAAUGGGCUUUGGUCGUUUCUUUUAUACCUAAGUGGAUUUGUUCAUUGAGGAUUCGUACAAUAUCUGACCACACAGUGAUAAGAACAAUAUGACUUAGAUUUUCUGUGUUUUCUCUGCCAGAUUAUUUGAAUCACACAGGAUGACAUGUUACAGUUGGAAUGGAAGGAGAAUGAUGAGUAAAGAGUUUUACUCAAGUUCAAAUCUUUUACUAUUAGUAUGGAGAAAACUGCAGUCCUCUUUGCAAGCUGUUGUCGUAACUAUGGUAGUCAGUGACUGGAUGUAAAGACUAAGUGCUGAAAUGAAGACCUUUUUUUGUGUUUUGUUAUGGAACACAAGUAAAAAGCAUCAAGCAGGGGUCAAAGGCAAGGCUGACUGUUCUGCUGAUAAGCAGCUUUUCUUCCAUUUCCCCCCUCCACAUUGAAUGGCAUUGUAUUUAGAAGGAAUUUGCCAUAGGCUAGAAUGAUUUAAGCCAUACACUAGCCUUUCCCUUUUAAAUUACAUUCUCUUAGACCAGUAGUUCUCAAAUAUUACGGUGCAUAAUAAUCAUUGAGGAGCUUGUGAAAAAUGCAGAAACUGGCCCUCACCAUAGGAGAUACUGAUUCAACGCGGGAGAGAGGGCAGAAGUUGUACUUUUAACAGGAACCCCAAAUAAUCUUUAUUAAGAUGGUCCCUGGAUCACUGUUUAAAAAACACUACCUUAAGGCAGUAAAUAGUUCUAUACCCAUCUGGUGCUUAAUACAACUCCCAGAAGGUGUUUUGAUUAUUUAAAAAAUAAAAAGUAAAUGAAAGCAAUUUUAGAGGUAGAAAAUAACUUAAAAUGGAAUCAAUCCUAUUAUUGACAAAUGAGAGAACUUAAGUGACUUGCCCAAGGGCACCCUGCAAAGUUAGUGGUAGAGCCAGGACUUGAAUUCAAGUCUCCUAAUUCCUUGCUCAGGGCAAUUUCUACUGUAUUAUGCUGGCUGUUAAAACAAUGACUUAUGAACACUUUUUCUGUCUUUAACUUGUAUAUUACUGUGAAUACCCUUAAACUGGCCAAUAGAUUGAAAAAGGAAGGCAUAAAAAUAGAUGCUGAGAAAAGUAUUAUAAAUCUUACAGAAAUGUGUAAGCAACCCAACUACAUGAAUAAAAAUGACUUUUCUUUGUAGGACCUUCUAAACAGCCAUUCACACACAUAUAUAGAGAUUGGAAUAAUGUUAGCUCUAAGACAAAUUUUAAAAAUUAAAUAAUGUUACCACUGAUAUUUUAAAAAUUGGAAAUUUUUAUCAUACCAAAAAUGACCACAAAGCACAGUGAAAACAUAGGUUUGCCAUAAACUUUUUAAAAAACACAUAUUUAAAGAAAAAGUUUUAGAGGAAAAACCACCCAAUCAUAUGUUAUCAUUAAAAAGAAGCUACUAAGUACAGUGAGCAUACUGAUAUUUAAAAGAAGGAUCCACAGAUCGCAUCCCCUUUGGAGGGGGUUCCAUGUCAGAUGCUGGUCCCAUGUGUUGCCCAAAUAUAAAUUUAGCCAAUAUUCUCUAACCGUUACAGAGUUCUUUUAUGUCUCAAGUAAUGUGCCUACCUUAGUACUGACCCUCACAGAAGCCUUGCAAGGUAGGUGGAAAUACCCCAGUUUUCGCUGGAAGAAAUGGAGGUUCAGAAACGUUAAGUGACUUGCCCUCAGUCCCAGAGCUGGCAGUGGAUAGCAGUACUGGGAUCCAAACCCAGAUCUGUUUGUUUGAGUCCAAAGCCUGUGCUUUCUACUCUGCCAUUUUGCCCUUUAAUUGUAAAAAUGGUAAAUUGGCCUGUUAUAAUUGGUUUAUUUAGCAUUCUUUGGAAGUUCUUUAUUAUAGCGCUGGCUUACCUUCUGCACCAUAUAAAGAAUAUUUAUAAGAUUGAAAAUUUCCAUGAGAAUUAAUACGACAAACUGCAGGACUUACAUAUAGUCCAUUGCUAACUAAAAAACCUCAAGCAGGAUAGGUAGCUGUAAAAACAUAAAAGAAAAAUGGAUAAAUAGCCUUGUCUAAUUAUAGAACCACACAUGAAAAUUAAAAAUUAACAGCCAGCAAACAGCAAAACAGUAAUCUUUAUCCUCCUUGAGGUAUGAUCAUGAUCAAAAAGUCAUCAGGGGUAUUAAUCAAGGAAAUUACAUUUUAUUGUUUCAAGAUUCCAUUUCACUUGGAGUUUAAAGUCUAAUCUGGUGUUUUUUUACUCUAAAUUUUAUUCAGUCAUUUUUAUUCAUGAUAAAUGGUAAAUGUAAAAAUAAAAGGCUUUUUAGUAUAAAUUGUUUUCUUGUUUUUAAAAGCUUUCUGCAGAGCAGUGUUUUUAUGGCAAUGCUAUGUUAAAUGAAUUAGGAAAACCGAAGGUACAGUGGUCACUUAUUUUCAUUGUGAAAAUGAAGUGGCUAAAACAGAAGAGACCUCUAUUUUAGUCUUUUAAAAAUGUAUGUGGUCUUUUUUACUCAGAAACCCAAAGCACAUGUAUUUUGUCAUUUCUUCUUGUUAUAUCCCUGAAAAAAGGCUGUACCAAAAAUUGUAGGCAAACAAGCAAGGAAAAGGUAAAUCGCAUGCUCCUUACUCCUAUGUCAGGGGUAUGUUUCACUCUAGAACCGAGAUCACAUCAUGUCAUUAGUAACGUUUUGUUCUCUAGAAAGUGCAAUAAAGAGAAAACACAGUGAGAAUCUUUCAGAAGUUUAGUGUUUCCCAUAUUAGUCAGAAUAGAUAUUGGCAUCCAUAAGUAUCUGUUAAGCUUGUGUUAACAGAAAUAGUCUGAUAACUUACAUGACAAUCAUCCCCAUUUAACGACCAGCAGUCACCGAGUGCUGUAAAAAUUCAUUCAGUAGCACUCUGUGUUGGUCAUGAAAGAAACCAUAUAUAUGAAUUUUUGGAUACCUAAUGUAUAUUUCUUAAGUGCCAAAAUUUAAAACUUGUAGUUAUUUUUGAUGAAAAUCUUUCAGAUAUGUUAGUAUACCUACCUUCUUAAAUAGUAUGCUUAGUAUAAUUCAGUUUUUCAUGAUGAAAAGUUAAAGUUAUAUUCAUAAUGUGUUAUUACAAAUAUCCAGUAAGCUCUAAUGUAUGUAAAACACUUCAUAAAAUGUAAAGGGCUAUAACAAAUGUGUUAUUAUUAAUAUCAAUUAUUAUAAAGUGAUCCCUCAGCCCUGAGGUAUGUACAGCCAUUUGCCCAGAUUACUGUGUUUAAAAAAAAAAAGUUUUAGUUUUGUGUGUGUGUAUAUAUAUAUAUAUAUAUAUAUAUAUAUAUAUAUAUAUAUACAUACAUAUAUGUGUGUAUAUAUAUCUGCUAGGUUGUUUGUUUAGUCUCCUACCACACUAUCAAUAUGCUUGCCUCUAACAGACUCCCCACUUCCUUCUAAAGCGCUGUUUUCAUCUGCUGGGACAUGAGAUAACCAAGCCUAUUAGAGUGGCUAAAGUAAGAGCUGGACGAAUUCUGAGCACAGUCUUUGAAAUAGCUCUUUUUGAUUGCUUAUAACUUUUCUUACGAGUUCACAGCAACCUUUUGGAUAAUAGAGGCUCCCAGUUAAGCCUAGGCUGUGAUUUUCCACUUGCAAUGAAAUAAAAUACUACAGACUAAGGAUGCUGUUAAAAGUGCAGCAAACAACAACAAAGCUCUGUAUUUGCACAGGAGGCUUUCGUACUUUUAAAAAAUGAGAGGAAGAGUACAGGGGGCAGAAAACAACAAAAAGAAAAUCCAGAUAGACCUAAGAGUAUUUUGUCAAUAACCACAAAAGUAUAUGCUUAAUUUAACACAUUUUGUUACAACACAGUUUAGUCUUAUUGCAGAAUAAGAUUGUGCCAAAAUUUAUAUCCAAAAGGUGAUUCUAAAUAAUGUCCUAAAAAAUUUUCCCAUUCAUAUAAUAAUGGAAAUCAUUUUCAAAAGGAAAGGCUCAGAUUUACCUUUAGGCUGCUCUCUUUGGUUGUGAAUGAAUUACUGAUAGAAAUAUGAGUUGUGUCAAAAGCCCCAAGGAACAUAUCUCACAUACACACACACACACCCAACAUGUAUGUGUAUGUAAAUAUCACUAUUAAGUGAAAGUGUCAACCAGAGAUAAUAAAAUAAUUUAAAAAAUUUCAA